AAACUGACGAAGAUGGCGGCCAAUGACCGUACCCGGUCCGAAGCUGCGAAGCAGCGACGACAGGAUCAGCUUCAGAGAUGGCAGGGGUCGGAAACUGACCUUACCGGACCGGAGAAACGAGAGCAGUCCUUAUGGUCCGGUUCCCGGCGGGCCAAAGUUCAGUUUGCCCAGGGAGCUGUGUUUAUGGCCGCUUGCUCCGCCGGGGACCGGGAGGAGGUUGAGAGUCUACUGAGACAGGGAGCUGACAUCAACCAUGCCAAUGUAGACGGACUGACGGCUCUUCACCAGGCAUGUAUAGAUGAGAACUCAGAGAUGGUGCAGUUUUUGGUGGAGAAUGGCAGUGAUGUAAACAGGGGGGAUAAUGAAGGCUGGACCCCCCUGCACGCUGCCGCAUCCUGUGGAUUCAUACAGAUUGCCAAGUACUUGCUAGAGCACGGCGCGCAGGUGGGGGCGGUGAACAGCGAGGGAGAACUUCCUCUGGAUGUGGCAACGGAAGACGCCAUGGAGCGACUGCUGAAGGAGGAGAUUAAAAAACAGGGGAUCGAUGUGGAGCAGGCCAGGAGAGAGGAGGAGAGGGUGAUGCUACAGGAUGCGACGGCCGUGUUAGCAGGAAGUGGUUCUCUUAAGCCCCACCCCAACACGCGUGCUACAGCGCUACACGUAGCCGCCGCGAAAGGCUACAUCGAAGUGCUGAAGGUGUUGCUGCAGUGUGGUUUGGAUGUGAACAGUAGGGACUGUGAUGGUUGGACUCCACUGCAUGCUGCUGCUCACUGGGGGCAAGAGGAGGCCUGCACUCUGCUGGCAGAGAACAUGUGUGAUAUGGGAGCUGUCAAUAACGUGGGCCAAACCCCCCUGGAUGUGGCAGAUGAGAAUCUAGUGGACAUCCUGGAAGAGUUGCAGAAGAAACAAAAUGCUCUACGUUCAGAGAAACAGAAAAUCACCCAGCCUCCUGUGAUUGAGACCAGUCCUCCCAUUUCUAUGGCACCAGUCCGUCCUCGCAGAACUUCCAUCUCUCGUAUGAGUAGUAAGGAAAAGAUCUGUCUUCACGAACGAGAAAGACAUCAAGCCCCUGCACUCCAAAGCCCACCCACUGAGGAGGAAGAGGAGGAGCCUAAUGCGCAGACACACCCACCUGCCCAAUCCAAAGCCUCCAGCAGCUCCAGCUCUGAGGAGGAGAGCGAAUCAGAGAGUGAUGCUGAGUCAGAGAAGGCGAAAACACGUGAACUGAUCAACAACCUGAACAACAAGCGUAACAGCUCCGCCUCUACUCUCACCUCCUCGGCAACCAGCUCCACUACGGGUAACCAGGCCAGAAAGUUUGAGGCUGCUAAGCCCCCAGUGAGCGAGGCCCCAGGCUCCUGGAGGACGUCUCUUCGUAAGGCAGGCAGUUCAGUGACCUUGGGCCCCACAGGGGCCCCGGAAUCUGGAUCAGAGUCCCUCAGGGGCCCAGAGUCAGCCCUGGGCAUGACCCGCUCCGCCUCCAGCCCCAGACUCAGCUCUGAGGCUGAGAACAAGGAGCCAAGACUGGCCCGAGUCCCACCCACCCCCAGCAGACGACUCUUCAGUAUCCCUGACAACAGUAACCAAGACAGCUCCAGCAGCUGGCUGAGUCGUAGUUCCUCAUACACGCGUCGGUUGAACAAUCAGUCUGGCAGUGAUGGGUCAAGUGUCAACCCUUCAUUACCUCGCAGCUCUUCAUAUGGAAAGAGACUUGACGACCCUGUGACCUCAAUGGGAACCAGCACUACAGGAAUCGGUCGUUUCAACAAUCCAGUAGCCCAGAGAAUUACUCAGGAACAAACAGAGAAAAAGGAACCCGUUUCCCUAACGACACAGAACUCUACCACAGCGACAACAGAUGAUCAAGAGAACAAACAGAGACGCAAGUCGUAUCUGACUCCGGUGCGGGAUGAGGAGGCUGAAGCCCAGAGAAGGGCCAGAUCCAGACAUGCUCGCAUGUCCAGACGUUCCACUCAGGGUGUUACUCUCGACGACCUGCAGGAUGCGCAGAUGACUAUAAAGACGGAACACAAGGCAAAAGAAAGGAAGAAAGAGGAGGAUGAAAAAGAUGGAAGACAGAAGAAGGGAGAGGAUGGGGAGGUGAGCUGGAGGUCUCGCAUUGCGAGUCUGCAGAAAUCAGACCUGCUGGGCCUCACGCAUCCGGCAGGCACUCCACGACCCCCAGACAAGAAAGAUAUAGAGAACACUGUGGCGGAGGUUGAGGAACGAGCGAGAGAGAGGAGAAGAGCAAGAGCACGGAGGAGAAACAGAGGAGGAGAGGACGACGACAAUGAACACAGUGGAGAAGAAGAGGGCAGUGGUGGGCGGGACCCACAGACGCAGAGGUAUACAAGCAGCAGGUCUGAUCUAGCCUUGAACGAUUGUAUCUUAGGAAGAGACUCUGAAACUAAGGACUACAAAAAGUUAUUUGAGGAGGUGUCGAGGGAGAAUGGGCAGCUACAGUCUCAACUUCAGGACACUCAGAGGAUCGUCUCUCUGACCAGAGUAGAACUGGAGAAAGCCACACAGAGACAGGAGAAGUUCAGUGAUUGUACAGCUCUGCUGGAGCUGGAGAAGAAGGAGAGGAGGAUGUUGGAGAGGCGGGUGGCUGAGUUGGAGGAGGAGCUGAAGGUUCUCGGGGACCUGAGAGCCGAUAACCAGAGACUGAAGGAUGAGAACGGGGCACUCAUUCGAGUCAUCAGCAAGCUCUCAAAAUAGACAAGGACAAGAAAGAGAGAGA